AUGGAUGCUUGUCAUAUUUUAUUUGGGCGACCUUGGCAAUAUGAUGUGGAUGUGACUUACAAAGGCAGAGAUAAUGUGAUGAUGUUUAUAUGGAAUAGUCAUAAAAUUGCUAUGGCUCCUGUCUUACAAUUUGAGAAGUCUGGUGGAAAGAAAGGGGAGAGUUUUCUGACAUUGUCUAGCAGUGAAUUUGAGAUGGAGGAAGCCUUUAAAGAAUCUGAAGUUUUCUGUCCAGUGGUGAUUAAAGGUUUGUUGACUGCAGAAAAGGAAGAUAUGGUGAUCCCUAAGGAAGUGCAGAAUAUGUUGGGAGAGUUUGAAGGCCUGAUUUCAGAUAAGUUGCCCAACGAAUUACCACCUACGAGGGACAUUCAGCAUCAGAUUGAUUUGGUGCCUUGA